AUGCGGGGUCUGACGCGGGCGGGGAAGCGUGCCGGCGAGAUGGCCCUCAACGCUGGCGGCGGAGCCAUCAACUGGUUCCCCGGCCACAUGGCUGCCGCCUCGCGCGCCAUCCGCGACCGCCUCAAGCUUGCCGACCUCGUCAUCGAGGUCCGAGACUCCCGUAUCCCAUUGUCAUCGGCGAACGAGGACCUUCAGCCGGUGCUUGGAGCUAAGAAGCGCAUCCUUGCUCUGAACAAGAAAGAUCUAGCGAAUCCCAAUAUAAUGAAUAUGUGGCUUGAUCAUUUCGAAUCACGCAAGCAGGAUUGCAUCUCAAUAAAUGCACACAGCAGCAACUCUAUUAAUCAGCUGCUUGGGCUUGUAGAGUUGAAACUAAGGGAAGCAAUCAUGAAGGAGCCCACACUUCUUGUUAUGGUAGUUGGUGUCCCCAACGUUGGAAAGUCUGCACUCAUAAAUGCCAUUCAUAGAAUUGCCAUUUCUCGAUUUCCAGAGAAUGAUAAGAUAAAGCGGGCUAGGGUAGGACCACUUCCUGGAGUUACUCAAGACAUUGCAGGAUAUAAGAUUUCAAGCCAGCCGAGCAUUUACGUGCUUGAUACACCGGGUGUUCUAGUGCCAAGCAUUCCAGACAUGGAAACGGGUCUGAAACUUGCACUGACAGGAGCUGUCAAAGAUUCGGUGGUUGGAGAGGAGCGUAUAGCCAAAUAUUUAUUAUCUCUUCUGAAUAUUAGAAAAACCCCUCUACAUUGGGAGCGGUUGCUUCACAGAAGAGGUGAAUUUGAUGAAGAGCCAUGUGGCAGUUCUGUAAAAGGAUCUAGAGAUUCACUGCGGAGGAGGAAUCCUAUUAACAACUCGGAUGCCGUGUAUGUUCAGGACAUGGUGAUGGAGGUUCAGAGAACGUUGUGCAGUACAACCAUGGAAUUCACAGGCAACCUCGACGAAGAUAACGAGCUGGAGAGUCUGAUCGACGUGCAGCUCGUCGCGCUUCGGAAGGUGUUCAGGAUACCCCACAAACCACUCGAUGAAUCACACGGGGCGGUCUCCAAGAAGCUGCUGACUCUUUUCAGGUCAGGGAAACUCGGCCCGUUCAUCCUCGACGACCUUCCAGGCCAGCAGUGAAGGAGCCAAGAUUCACUUGCCUAUAAGAGUUCUUGGGCAGUAAUGCGAUAUAUCACAAAACUAUUCAGUGCUACUCAUGGAUAAUGCAGGCAGUAGUCUCUGGUGUUGUAAAAUGUUGGCUUCUGUCGCUGGGUAGAACUUGUCGGAUUGGUUUCUCUUUCUGUUUUAGAAUCAGAGAUUCGUGCACUCAGUUUUCCUAUAUUUGUGUGAAAUGAA